GACCGGUAUAUUUGACGUCAUAUUAUGGUGUCUGGUCCAUGUUCAUCGCUGUACCAAAUUUGAUUCGGGCAGAUGACAGGGUAGGUCGGUAAAUUGAAGCAGCUAACCCGAGAUGAUCGCUCGAAGUACGAGGAAGUAUAAAAGAUGGCGACUGAAGCGUCGUUGAGAAAAAGUCCAUACGAAUAGUUCACUUACAAUCAUGAAGUACUCUUUCGUACAUGUGCUCUCGUCUUUGGCUGGCUCAGUCCUCGCCUUCCCUGCGCCUCAAGCAUCAACUCCUGCCGUCCCAUCGGCAGUUGUGAGCGACCAGGCCUUGCCUUCCGGAGCAUCAGGCUCUCUGCGCGGUUCAGAGGCAUUGAUAGGAUUCGCCGCAUCGAACCCUAUCUCCACUGAAUCUACUGUAGUCCCGCCUGAUGACUUCGAGCUCGGAACAGGGCAGUCGGCAGACUCUGAUGAAGGUCUUUACAUUGACCUCACAAAUGUGAAGAACCCUCAGCCCAUUCGUGGUGGUACAACUGAACCAACAGAUCCUGGCCCAAGGACCAGUGUCUAUGAUGCGCUGAACAGUGACAUCUUUGCUCCUCCUACCACUGAUUCAGGCAACGUCGGAAACGCAAAGUGGCCAUUCGGGCUGUCCCACAACCGUCAUGGGUUAGCUGGUGCAGGUUGGGCACGUAACCAGAACCAAGAUCAGUUGCCCAUCGCGACAGCAAUGGCAGGCGUCAACAUGCGCCUAAGCCCGAACGCUUACCGCGAGCUGCACUGGCACAAGCAGGGCGAGUGGGCCCUGAUGCUUAACGGCAGCGUUCGCGUUCAAUCGAUGAACGAGGCUGGUCAAACAUUUGUUGACGAUGUUACCGAGGGCGAUGUCUGGUUCUUUCCCCCUGGUAUCCCGCAUUCGAUUCAAGCGUUUGACACAGGAUGCGAAUUUUUGCUUGUUUUCGACAAUGGCGAUUUCUCUGAGGAAAAUACCUUCCUCCUCUCCGAGCUUAUGGAGCGCAACCCCAAGGAAGUACUUGCAAAGAAUUUCCGCACCACCACCAAGACUUGGGACACCCUGCCGGACGGUCAGCUUUGGAUCUUCCCUGGUACCCCGGCACCGAAGAACAUUAGCGAACAGAACGUCACUGGAGCUGCUGGUAUCAUCCCCAAGGAGUCACAGUACACAUAUCAUUUCUCGCAGCAGGAGCCCCUCAAGGUUCCUGGUGGAUCCAUCAAGAUCCUUGACCCUACUACUUUUCCUAUUGCCGACACUUUCUCGACUGCGCUGAUCACAGUCGAGCCCGGGGCGAUGCGUGAGAUGCACUGGCACACUACCUCUGACGAAUGGACAUACUUCCUUCAAGGCUCUGCCCGUCUCACAGUCUACCAAGCCCCUGGCUCUUCGCGUACAUUCGACUUCACCGCUGGCGACGUCGGCUACGUGCCCGUUCCCAAUGCCCACUAUCUUGAGAACACUGGCAACGAGACCCUGGUCUUCCUUGAGGUGCUGCAGGCUAAGGAGUACUCCGAUAUCAGCGUCAACCAGUGGCUUGGCCUUACACCUAAGCAGAUCGUCAAGGAUCAUUUGAAGGUCAGCGAUGGCUUCUUGGCCACGCUUAGGAAGGAUAAACCAAUCAUUGUGCAGGGCAAUUCGGACUUGACGACUACUGAUUUCACGCCAGCUGCUGGUGGAUCGUAGAGGGACGAGUAGAACCAAACAUAUGCUGCAUCGAUUACGGAGUGUAUAGAAUAGCUUGAACUAGGUCCAUCAAUACCGUGUACAUGUGCUGCCCUGCUAUCUACGCAUCUGUUGCGAGAUGCGUCGAAGCUGCUAGAUUCAGCUUCAAGCUACGGAGGCAAACUUACUUCGUCGAUGCCACAUUCUCGGCUCGUGACCGGCUCAUGCGAUUAUUACUUCUCAG